AGCGACCAGGAACAGAAAAUAUUGGGUUCCCUCUUUGGUUUAUUUGGUGCCUUCCAUGCCGAAGCGUGUCUCCUCACAACUGUCCCUAUAAACUCAUGGAUUAAUCAACUUGGUGGACUGCUUUUCGAAUUGAUCAAAGAUACAAAUCCAGAGGCUCCAAAGGAAGUAAAUCUAAACAUUGCUGCCAAUUUCCUCAUCUUCAUGGUCAAGUCCGCGGAGGGCGUUGAAGAAAAUGCAAAAGGUCGGUUCAGCCCUUCGAAAUGGCUUGCUCGCGUAGGCAAACCACUUGGUCAAAUGUCUGGUCCUGUUGAGGCGAUUUCUCAAUGUCUUGGGCUAAUACCUAUGGAACAGUUUGAGAUCAGUCCUAAAUCAAUGGUUUCAUCAACCCCACGUACCAGAGGCCGGCGCCAGAGGUCGUUAAGCGUGCGCGCUCCCGCUCUCGAACCUCUUUCACCAACUCGACUCUGUGAAUCUGCUUUUGCUGAUGACGCUCAUCAGCAGCAAAGUGAUCACAGACCUCCACUACUAUGCGGUCUUUUGCGCUCCCUCUGGCUAGUUUUACAGCGACAUGUGCAAUCAGCAGAAGCAGCAUUCCACCUAAUUGAACUCUCUUCCUCGGGACUGCUUGCUCUUGCAAAAUAUCUCACAGCGGAAUCUACUGCCGUUACUGAUGUUGAGGCGCACGCCGCUGUAGUGACUGCGUUUGAGGCAUUUUUCACGCUUGCUUGGCAUCGUCUUCAGAAGUACUUAUUCAAGUCUGAGGAAGCAGAGGACUCCAAGAAUCAGCCAAAUGAAGAGUCAAAGCCGCUAAACUUGCCAGAAAGUGCUAUUUCUCAGAUGAUGGUGUUCCUUGAGGCCGCCGUUUGUUUGGCCUCUAGUCCAGUCUCACCGCUUGAUCCCCACAAUGCUGCGACUAAAUGCAUCGGUCAAUGCGCAUCACCGAAACCUCGGAAGUCGGGUUGCUGUGAGGAUCUGAAUGAAGAGAAUGCAUUACCCCCGACCGCAACCACAAACUCAUCCUCUAGACAAGUGAUUCUCGGUAAAUCCCGUGACACGAUUGAUUUUACAGCAUCCAAAGCUAUUGAUGGUGGUGAUGAGGAAAAUUUGACCCUGGCAGAGUUCCAACGCAGACUCCGAAAAAAAUCCGGUUCUCAUCCCCACCAAGAGGGUGAUGUUCUUUGCGACACUAGCAAUGGUAGCUCACAAAUCUCGCCGUCUCAAAACCCCCCUAACAAAUCAGUUUUCGGCUCAUUUCUGUCUUCGCGUCGCUUUGGCGCAUCGGCAGGCCCGAAGCUGACCAGCCCUCAACCUUCAAACCUGUCUUCAUCCCUACGAAUGCCGUUGGUGGGCCGGCGACGUCUCUCCCUAGAUCCAAGGGAGGUUGGGUUGCCGACGACACCUAUCAAGCGGUCCGUGCCUUCGAGUGAAUUGCGGUCAUUUGAGGUUCCUGCCACCACGACUAGUGAUGACGUUAAGUUGAACAGCGGCGAGGUUCGGCGGCGUCUGUUUUCGGGCGGUGUUGACGAUGCCAACUGCUUGUGUGGAACCCCGGCCGCUAGCACGACAUUGUCGGUAGCUCAGCGCGGUAAGAAGAGAGCGCAGACAAAUGAUCUGGCGAAGACAUCACUACCCAACUUCUCCGAGCUCGAUGAUUCUGCGCAGUUCGUGUUUAUUCCUCCUCCGAACAUUGCUAGCAAGCGUAUGCGACUUACUGAGCAUCAAAAAGAGCGUCGCCUCGAACAAAAGCAAGCCUACAUUCCUUCUAUGUACAAUGACCUGGACGCUAGUCACCAGUCUCUAAGCUCACAGGUUUGUAACAGCGACAGUCGAUCCUCAAUGGAGUCGUCGCAAUCCUUCAUGCAAUACCCCCAGCCGCCAGAAUCCAAGCCCUCUUCUCAAUCACUUACAAUGCCAGCAGCCGUGAAUUAUUCAUCUGCUGUUGAAGCUCCAUUUCCCAUCGCUGCUUCUGUCUACAAUGCUCCACUUCCUUUUGAGGAAACACAGGAAAAGCCUGCCACUGAAACAACUACUGGCCCUGAGACUGGUGAUGACCAGACUGAUUAUGCGUCUGCAAAGGCAGUACCUAGAGAUGAUUUAAACCCAAAACUAUACGAUGCUGAUUUUUAUCCCAAAUUAGAAGUAGUAUCCACUGAUUCGAAGCACUACGAUUCGAAGGAAGCCUUUGAAGAAGCCUCCGUCCCACUGCACACAGAGCCUUCUCAAAACACGGCCCCUCCAUCUUCACCAGUUGCUCUUCUCAACCAUCUGCGGAACAUGGCGGCUGCUCCUUCACCCUCCUCUCCAGGACUCUCUGGUAGUCCCAUGGUCUCUCGCGCGACUCCGGCUCUAUUGAAGAGUCCUCUGUUGGGAGGAGCCAUGGGCAAAAGAGCACAAAAGAUUCUGGAAAUGGGUUUGGCAAAAGCCGCCGAGAGAAGCAAACAACGGCAGUCGCUCCCGGCCUUGGCAAAGAGCUCUACUGCAACAUCCCCCGCCCCAGUGCCGGACGACCAACCCGGUUCGAGACCCGGUAUUCUCCGCAAUCUUACCACCCCGAGACCCCGGACUCGCGUGUCUUUUGCCUCACAGCCGGUUGUUUUUAUCCUCAACUCCCCUUCAAAACCGUCGCCUGAUGAAGGGUCGCAGACCACCAAUCCCACUAAACCUGUUUCGCCGCCGUCGGCAAAUGCUCAUGUUUCUGCCUCCUCUGAGGCGAACAAGGUGAAGUCGGUAGUGGACAAUCAGUCACAAGGUCUGCUUCAGGCGGAAUUUUCCAGUCCCUCGAUUGAGGUGACACCACCUUCUCACAAUGAAUCUGGGGUGUCUCCGCUAAAAUCUGCUGUAAUACAACCAGCCCUUCCUGAAGAGAUUGCAAUGCCGUUCUCGACUACUGCGAACGAUAUUUCUAAAUCAAGUUCUUCGCCACCCUUCCUUCCCAUUGGUUCACGUCGUCGUCGUAAAUCCGCCUCUCCGAGGCGCCGAGAUCCAAUUGAUCGCUCCUCUCGCGAUGCUUUACGCCAUUCUCUGCCCAACGGUAUUGCUGGGAGCUUUGUCCGUCCACUUAAUUGCAGGCAUCCCUUCGCAUCUGUUGAUAAUGACACAAUCGCAGUCCAGGAAAAGGCUACUAUGGCUGAUAAAAACAACGUCGAUCUGGAUUCCACUAACGCAGAAGACCUGGCACAGUCAUCAAUUACAAUGUCCACUAAGGAAUCAAAUGCGGAUAAAUCACAACACUCGACCACCUCGGAAACCACUCUUCUUGAGUCAUCCCAAUCAUUCGAUUUUGUGGCUACCACCCAAGAAGAGGUUGAAGAUUCAGUUCUUAAAUCGAUGUCGACUACGUCAGUUGCGUUUGACCACGUGAAAGCGAAGGCGCAAGAAGUAUCUGAACUCGAAAGUGCUGCUGCUACGGGCCACAAUGACUUUGUCGGGAGCAGUCAGGAACUCAACUCCGUGGAUGAGGUCCUAGUUGCUGACACGGAACCGGAACAGAUUGCUAACCAGCCCAUGUGUGAUUCGAUGGAUACGACGCUGGCAGCGGUGGAUACUCAAGAAAUUUUGUCAAAUAAACACGGAGCCGAAGAAAAAAGUACUCAACCUAAAAUGGUCGAGCUUGCGCGUCAAACCCUCACCACCUUGAAGUCCCAGCUUUCCGCCCUGACGACCGAGCAGAAAAAAGAGUUGUUGUUUGAGACUCUGGCCCUUUUUAAAUCCAUUAUUCCCUAA